CGGGAGCAGCGGCCGGGCCUGGGGCCUUGAGGCCCGGGGAGAGCCGGGGAGCGGGACCGGCCGCCGAGAUGCUGCUGCUGCUGCUGCUGGCGCCUCUCUUCCUCCGCCCCCUGGGCGCUGGCGGGGCGCAGACCCCCAACGCCACCUCGGAAGGUUGCCAGAUCAUACACCCGCCCUGGGAAGGGGGCAUCAGGUACCGCGGCCUGACUCGCGACCAGGUGAAGGCCAUCAACUUCCUGCCCGUGGACUAUGAGAUUGAAUAUGUGUGCCGGGGGGAGCGUGAGGUGGUGGGGCCUAAGGUGCGCAAGUGCCUGGCCAACGGCUCCUGGACGGAUAUGGACACGCCCAGCCGCUGUGUCCGAAUCUGCUCCAAGUCUUAUUUGACCCUGGAAAAUGGGAAGGUUUUCCUGACGGGUGGGGACCUCCCAGCUCUGGAUGGAGCCAGGGUGGAUUUCCGAUGUGACCCCGACUUCCACCUGGUGGGCAGCUCCCGCAGCAUCUGUGGUCAGGGCCAGUGGAGCGCCCCCAAGCCCCACUGCCAGGUGAAUCGAACGCCACACUCAGAACGGCGUGCAGUGUACAUCGGGGCGCUGUUUCCCAUGAGCGGGGGCUGGCCGGGGGGCCAGGCCUGCCAGCCCGCGGUGGAGAUGGCGCUGGAGGACGUUAACAGCCGCAGGGACAUAUUGCCGGACUACGAGCUCAAGCUUAUCCACCACGACAGCAAGUGUGACCCAGGGCAGGCCACCAAGUACUUGUAUGAACUACUCUACAAUGACCCCAUCAAGAUUAUCCUCAUGCCUGGCUGCAGCUCUGUCUCCACACUCGUGGCUGAGGCUGCCCGGAUGUGGAACCUAAUCGUGCUCUCAUAUGGCUCCAGCUCACCAGCUUUGUCAAACCGACAGCGUUUUCCAACAUUCUUCCGAACACAUCCGUCUGCCACACUCCACAAUCCCACCCGGGUGAAACUCUUUGAAAAGUGGGGCUGGAAGAAGAUUGCCACCAUUCAGCAGACCACAGAGGUCUUCACUUCAACACUGGAUGACCUAGAGGAGCGAGUGAAGGAGGCUGGAAUUGAGAUCACGUUCCGACAGAGUUUCUUCUCAGAUCCAGCCGUGCCUGUUAAAAACCUGAAGCGUCAGGAUGCUCGAAUCAUCGUGGGACUUUUCUAUGAGACUGAAGCCCGGAAAGUUUUUUGUGAGGUCUAUAAGGAACGGCUCUUUGGGAAGAAGUAUGUCUGGUUCCUCAUUGGGUGGUAUGCUGACAACUGGUUCAAGACCUAUGACCCAUCAAUCAACUGUACAGUAGAUGAAAUGACCGAGGCGGUGGAAGGCCAUAUCACCACGGAGAUCGUCAUGCUGAACCCUGCCAACACCCGAAGCAUUUCCAACAUGACAUCCCAGGAAUUUGUGGAGAAACUAACCAAGAGGCUGAAGAGACACCCCGAGGAAACUGGAGGCUUCCAGGAGGCACCACUGGCCUAUGAUGCUAUCUGGGCCUUGGCUCUGGCCUUGAACAAGACCUCUGGAGGAGGUGGCCGCUCGGGUGUGCGCCUGGAGGACUUUAACUACAACAACCAGACCAUUACAGACCAAAUCUACCGGGCCAUGAACUCCUCCUCCUUUGAGGGUGUUUCUGGCCAUGUGGUCUUUGAUGCCAGCGGCUCCCGAAUGGCAUGGACACUUAUCGAGCAGUUACAGGGCGGCAGCUACAAGAAGAUUGGCUACUACGACAGCACCAAGGAUGUUCUCUCCUGGACCAAAACAGAUAAGUGGAUUGGGGGGUCUCCUCCAGCUGACCAGACCUUGGUCAUCAAGACAUUCCGUUUCCUGUCACAGAAACUCUUUAUCUCCGUCUCAGUUCUCUCCAGCCUGGGCAUUGUUCUUGCUGUUGUCUGUCUGUCCUUUAACAUCUACAACUCCCACGUUCGUUAUAUCCAGAACUCUCAGCCCAACCUGAACAAUCUGACUGCCGUGGGCUGCUCACUGGCACUAGCUGCUGUCUUUCCCCUUGGGCUGGAUGGUUACCACAUAGGGGAAAGCCAGUUCCCAUUUGUCUGCCAGGCCCGACUUUGGCUCUUGGGCUUGGGCUUUAGUCUGGGUUAUGGCUCUAUGUUCACCAAGAUCUGGUGGGUCCACACAGUCUUCACAAAGAAGGAGGAGAAGAAGGAAUGGAGGAAGACCCUAGAGCCUUGGAAACUGUAUGCCACUGUAGGCUUGCUGGUGGGGAUGGAUGUCCUGACUCUUGCCAUCUGGCAGAUUGUGGACCCCUUGCACCGAACCAUUGAGACUUUUGCCAAGGAGGAGCCAAAGGAAGACAUUGAUGUCUCCAUCCUGCCCCAGCUGGAGCACUGCAGCUCCAAGAAGAUGAAUACAUGGCUUGGCAUUUUCUAUGGUUACAAGGGGCUGCUGCUGCUGCUGGGAAUCUUUCUUGCCUAUGAGACUAAAAGCGUGUCCACUGAAAAGAUCAACGACCACAGGGCUGUGGGUAUGGCCAUCUACAAUGUUGCGGUCCUGUGUCUCAUCACUGCUCCUGUGACCAUGAUUCUUUCCAGCCAGCAGGACGCAGCCUUCGCCUUUGCCUCUCUGGCCAUCGUGUUCUCUUCCUACAUUACGCUGGUUGUGCUCUUUGUGCCCAAGAUGCGCAGGUUGAUCACUCGGGGGGAGUGGCAGUCUGAAGCACAGGACACCAUGAAAACGGGGUCAUCCACCAACAACAACGAGGAAGAGAAGUCCCGGCUGUUGGAGAAAGAAAACCGUGAAUUGGAAAAGAUCAUUGCUGAGAAAGAGGAGCGGGUCUCGGAACUGCGCCAUCAGCUCCAGUCUCGGCAGCAGCUGCGCUCACGGCGCCACCCUCCAACACCCCCAGACCCCUCCGGGGGCCUUCCCAGGGGCCCCUCGGAGCCCCCUGACCGGCUGAGCUGUGAUGGGAGUCGAGUGCAUUUGCUGUACAAGUGAGGGAGCAUCAAGAAGGAUAAGGCCAGUAGGGGAGGGAAGGGUGUGGGGAGAGGGUGGGGCGAGGGCAAGGACUCUUACCUCCAACCUGGAGAACGUGCUCCAACCCCCUCUUAUAAAUACAUGUCACCCUGUACGCCUGGCGUUGUUUGGCUCUCCAGUACUUUGGGAAACGGACUGUUUUAACUCAUUCAUACAGUUAUUUUGUAUCAGUACUUCACAGUUCAGUUUGAGCCCUGCCUGAAGCUAUAGUCACUCAUGACCCCGGAGGGGCGACUCACCACGUUUUUCUCCAGAGCCUGUCUUGUAUCGCUGCUACAGCAACUCCUGCCAUGUCAGCAGCAGGGUCUCCUCACAGUGUUCUUCCCACACUAGCAGGGCUCUCCUUCCAUUAUCCUUGUUCUUCCACAUAUCCUAGUGUUUUCUCCUUACAUGCUGCUUCUUCCGGGGGACUCACUCUCACCCAGGCCCACAUGCUCCUUGCCUCUUUGCUCUGUGUGCCCCUAAUUCCCAACACACACCCCAUCUCCCCUCUCCUGAGGCAGCUGGGUGUGGUCCUGUGCAAGGGCAUUUUCUCCUGAGUGCUGCCACCCCUGGCGCUCUCACCUACCCUCACCUGAGAGUGUUGUGGUUGUGGCUGUGUGCUGUGGUGUGCUUGGGUGUGUAUGAUGUGCUGAGCACACUAAGUUGUCUCCUCAUGUGCACACAUCAUGUCUUAAGUUUUACUUAUGUGCCGCGGUGCACUGUCUAUUUUCUUUGCAUCUUAACGUGAUUGUGUGUGUGUUGCCUGGACUGGCUUCAGUGGCACUCUUCCUGGCUCAGCCUUGUGAAUCUUGGCAUCACGGUUGUCUGCCUAGCCGACGACAUGUCUUCUUCCAGCAGAGCCAUGUGCACCCAGCAUGCAUGUAGCUAGCAGGUUCCCCCAGUUCAUGUUUGCUGAGUCCUCCAUGCCCUCUCCUUGCCAUUGCUUACCCCCACAUGUUCCCUCUAAUCUCUGCUCUCAUGUGAACCACCCUCAGCCUGUACUCACAACCAUCCCUCAAAACAGCUGUGUCUUACGUUUUCAUUGUUACUCUUUUUCAGAACUAAGGGAAAGAAACGGGGGCAGGUUGGAGACUGUUUCCAGUGGGUAGUGGGUGCACAUCCUAACCAGAUGAGGGCGUGGACAGAUGGACUGAUGGGGCGAGGCCGCGUCCCUUUCACACUGUGCUGUCUCUUGGGGAGGGAUCUCCCUGAAUCUCAAUAAACCAGUGAACCGUGU